ACUAUUUUUAACUUUAACUGUUUAUGACUAUUAUUGCUGUUUUAACACUUUUGUCAGUACAGAUUGAAGAAGAGAUUCUCUGUUCUCUCAACAAAAUUUCCUUUUAUUGUGAGAUGAGAGUUAUAGCAUGCACUCUGUUCAUCUUGGGCCUGCUGUGGGACAAUGGGAGAGCUGAAAACACUAUCAGCAGCCUACGACUGGCAGCAGUAGCGUGGGAGGGAGAACUGCCGUGCAGAAAGUGGGACUGUGAAUGCGCAUUCAAACGCCAACGAGGCUGCUGCUGUGCUGCCCCUGAGAUCCAAGAAGUGGAGGAUCAAAUCUUUAAGAGAGUCAUGGACCUGUCGAAGGAGGUGUCCCAGCUGAGUGAGAGCAUCCUUGAAGUCAUAGGGAGGAUAAGAGUUGCAUUCACAGCCUCCAUGAGCCGCAGAACAAACUGCUUUGGACCUUUCAACUGGAACAGCCCCAUUCCUUAUGAUGUCAUUACCCUCAACCAUGGAAAUGGAUAUAACCCCGCCCUGGGCAUAUUCACAGCUCCCAGUUCCGGACUAUACUCCUUUUCCUUCACGGUGUACUCAAGGUUGGGUAAGGAAGGCGAGAGGAUGUACUACAAGGUGCAACUCAUGAACAAUGGGGAGGUGGUGGCAUCCACUUGGGAAGACAACAGAGAGGACUCAGAAGACAGCAGCUUCCAGACAGUAUUGCUGCCACUGCAGCAAGGAGACCAGGUCUAUGUUGAGCUUAUGGAAGGCAGACACAUAUGUGGGAUUGCUGAAGGCCUAAACACAUUCUCUGGCUCCUUGAUUUACUCCACUCUGGAGUGAUAUUGAUGUAUUUCACUGCAGUGUGUCUGCCUGGUCCAAACCUUAUAAUUACUUUUUUUUUUUCUGAAAUGAUAACA